CAUUGGGUUGCCGGGCAGCGGAUACCGAGGUCUAGACAGGCGGUUUGUGCGAGUGGCCGCCGACGUGGAGACCCCGGAGGUCCUCGUCCGACUUUUCCGAAACGAGGCCUUCUUGUGCCUUCUGUGGCACACGUGGAUGGAAUUCGGGGCCCUGAUAUUAAGGUCCUGGUCUACAGGAACAAGACAUUUUCAGUAGAAGGUUCCAGGCUUGAGAGGUCACUGCUCGUGGCUGCAGCUGGACUUGAGAUAACUAACCACACCUUCUAGGCAGGUCCACAGCAAACAGAACACAGCACAUCCUAGAAUCACAGGACUUUUCCAAGGAACAGAAGGAAAUGGCCAAGGCCGAGGCAAAGAGACACAAAGGUCUUCCAUCUACCGAUUUACUCACCAGAUGCCCACAGUGUCCGGGACUGAGCCACUCUGAAGCUGGGAGCCUGGAACUCCAUCCAGGUCUCCCAUGUGGAUAGCAGGGAUCCAACUGGGCCAUCUUACAUCCUCACCAGCGGUGCAUAAAGCUUCCAGUUUCUCCGGUGGCCAUCCUGCCGGUCUGAGGAUAUCAGGGUGCCAAACCCAGUUCACUCUUCAAGUUGGAGCGAGGAGAGCCCCCAUGGAUGGUAGAAGGAGCACCUGUGGUCAAACCUGUCCAGAUGCUCUCCAGUCAGCGUCUCCCUUCUGGAAUCUCACCUGCUCUGUGGUGCUGUAUUUUGCUGCAGCCAAGACAGGUUCUGCUAUCCAGAAUGGAAGAUAUGCAGGAAAGGAUCCGGGUCAGUUUGUUGGAUAUGGGGAAUCGUGUGUCCACAUCAAGUGCGAUCAAACUAAUGGAAAUAAAGCCCAUGAAUAUGUUAAACCCGGUACCACCAAUUCACAACCCAGUGACCAUCAAAAAAAUUACCGAGGAGAGAAACCACAUGUGUGCAGUGAGCGUGGGAAAGCCUUUUCCUGGAGAGCACAGCUCAUUGGACAGAGAGAUCUGAAAGCGGAAACACCACAGCUGUGAUGAAUGUGGGAAAAUAUUAUGAGGAGGAUUCAGCUCACGGAGCACCAGAGGACUCACAUGGGAGAGAAGCCCUAUGAAUGUAAAGAGUGUGGGAAAGCCUUCUCCAGGAAGUCACAGCUCCCGGGUCCUAAGAGAACCCACACAGGAGAGAAACCCUGCAGAUGCAGUGAAUGUGGAAAAGCCUUCAGCAGGAAGUGCUGGCUCAGUAGACAUCCGCAAGCUCACACAGGAGAGAAACUCUACGGAUGCAGUGUGUGUGGGAAAGCCUUUUCCCAGAAGGCCUGUCUCCUUGCACACCAGGGACUUCACACGGGAGAGAAGCCUUAUGAGUGCAGUGAAUGUAGAAAAACCUUUUUUAAGUCAGACCUGACCAAACAUCAGAGAAUUCAUACAGGAAAGAAACCUUAUGAGUGUAGUGAGUGCCAAAAAGCCUUUAGAAGCAAGUCAAAUCUAAUGCAGCAUCAGCAAACUCAUACUGGAGAGAGACCAUAUGCUUGCAGUGAAUGUGGCAAAGCCUUUACCCACCUGUCAGUCCUCAUUAAACAGAAGAAAACGCACACAAGGCAGAAGGCUAUAAAUUCACAGAAGGUGGAAAAAUCUUCCUUGGGGGAUCAUACAUCUUUAUGCAUGAGUGGGCUUGGGCAGGUGGCAAACCGUGUGAACACAGUGUCUUCAGGAACCCAGCCUUUGCUGAGCAUCACCAAGUUCCUGGGAGGCAGCAGUGUAGUGAUUGGGAAGCAGCCUUUCCCAGGAAGUGAGAUCUUAGUAAGUAAUCAGCAAUGUGCACAAGGAGGACGCUUUACAAAUGCAGUGAAUGGGACCAUGCCUUCAGUAAUAAGUUAUGUCUUAUCUGUUACAGGUAUUGUAUAGGAAAACAAAUCUCCUGAUACUAGAAAUGUAGGAAAGUUCUUUUAGCAGAAGUCUUCCAUUAUUUGUCAGAGCUCGUUUAAGGCAGAACCCUAUGGCUGCAGUGGUUGGUGAGCACACUUGUGAGAGAAGUCAGACCUACCAAACAUCAAUGAAAUCAUGUUGGGGAAAACAGAGCUAUUGUGGGAGAAGCCUUUAUGUGGAGAUGAUAUCCCAGUUGGUGUCAAAGAAUUCUCAGGAAUUCUUAAGAAAGAAUGUGAUGUUUCCAUUCAUAUUGUGUACGUAUACGAAUGUAUGUCAGAAACAAGACAACUUUAGAGACACUGAAUAUACAUAUACUUUUUAGUAAAACAUGGGAGAACUUAUAGAAAAGAGAAACCUGUGAAAGCAAGAAAGAGUAGAAAUUCACUGAACUAAUUUAUGUAUUACAAUUUUAUACCUAGGGAGCCUUGGAAAGACUUCACUUACUAUAAAUGAAAUCGUGAACACCCAGACUGAUACUAUUUAAUGGACACCUGUGAACCUUAUGAAUGUAGAAGCACAACUGUAAUCUUACAAGUUUCUUAUGCUGCUAUAACAGAUGGCCACAAAUUUGGUCAUUAAAAUGAAGGCAGACUUACCAUUUUAUAGUUUUGGAGAUCAGAAAUUUAUAACAUCAAAGCUGUUGCCAGGACUGCGAUUCUGGAGGUUCUGGGGGCAAAUCUGUUUCCUUGCCUUCCAGUUCUUUGCCCAGACUCAUUCUGUGACUGGUGGCUAUCUUUCAGCAUCAAAGCCAGCAGUGCCCAGUCAGCUCUUUGCUGACUCUAAUAGUAGAUCUGCCUGCCUCUUCCAUGUUGAAGGAUCCUGAGAUUAUACUGGGUCCACCCAAAUAUACCAGGAAAGUCUCCCUGGCUUAAAAUAAUCUGAUUAGCAAUCCUGAUUCCACCAGCCACAAAAGUUCCCCAUUGCCAUGUAAUGUAACAUAGUCAUGAGUUCUGGGGCCUAGGAGAUAGACAUCUUUGGAGGCCAUGAUUCUGUUUACAACAUACUGAUUUCAGAGAUUUCAAUACUGGUAAGUUCCCAGCUGGUCAUUAAAUGCAUUUGAAAACCAUGUUCUCAGAGAAGUAAUUUCUCUGUGGUAAUUAUGAUCCAAAUGCAUACUGUCUUUCCCUAGAAUCAGAUUCUUACACUGUGAUUGUUUUAUAUGAACAUUCUAGAAUGUUCUUGAAAUGUGUCGAUCAAAUUAUCAUCUCUGGAAAAGAGCUUUUAAAUCUAAAAGAACAUGGAUUUACGCUGCUUGAAAUGUCACCAAAACUAACUUUGCGUGUCUUUUGACUUUGUGUAAGUUAACAUAUCCUAUUCUGAGUCUGGAAUACAGAUGCCAUAAUGUAGCUAAUUGUUGACAGAUAUUUCUCAUAACCAAUUUCAACAACAGCUUCUUC